AAUACGAAAGCAGAUAGAAGGAACUCUCAGAUAAAUCUAGAAAAAGUAAAAGAUUUGACAUUAUUUGAAUAGUAGGCUAUGGAAGAAACUGGAACACACCUCAGAACGGUUUUAUCGAGCUGGCCCUGAGCUGUCCUUCCUUGUUUUCCAACCUGAGCUCGUUAAAACAUACAGGUUAAGGACCAGUCCCCCUCUCCUUGCUGUCUCCAUCCCAGCCAGCUCUGUUCCACACCCAGCCCCUCUUCUCCAGGCUCUCUAUCCCCUCAUGGGCACGAUAUCAGCCAGUGCAAGAGGACCACCUUCUCAGCCCUAACAGCAGUCCUCACCAUGGAGAUGAAACAACCAAUGAUGAUGGAUCAAGAGGACGGGGGAAAGCAGGAGAAAGAACAGGAGUCGCAAGAGAACGGCAGGCUGGUCGCGGACAGCGCUCUGAAAUCCUGCUCCGGGUCUGGGCAGGUCUCCAACGGUUAUCCCAGCACAUCCCCACAAAGUCCCAGGGAAGGUGCAGGUGCUGGGAUGGACAGGGGCAGCACCCCUGGAACAUUCAGGACACUGGUGGUCCAGCAGACCAGCCUGGAUCCACCUAGGGAAACCUGGAGCAAAAAGAUGGACUUUCUGCUGUCGGUGAUCGGGUAUGCAGUGGACCUGGGCAAUGUGUGGCGCUUUCCCUACAUCUGCUACCAAAACGGAGGGGGUGCCUUUCUCCUGCCGUACCUGCUGAUGGCUGUCUUUGGUGGUGUGCCUCUGUUCUACAUGGAGCUGGCUUUGGGCCAGUUUCACCGCAGUGGGUGUAUCUCCAUCUGGAAACACAUUUGCCCCAUCUUCAAGGGUAUAGGCUUUGCCAUCUGCAUCAUUGCACUUUACAUUGCCUUCUACUACAAUACCAUAAUGGCCUGGGCUCUCUACUACCUCCUGUCCUCCUUUCACACCACACUGCCCUGGACCACCUGCAACAACCGGUGGAACACUCCCAACUGCACCCGCUACCUGUCCACCGACUUGAAUGUGUCCUGGACCGAAAACUCCAUCUCUCCUGCUGAGGAGUUCUAUAUACGGCAGGUGCUGCAGGUUCAUCUGUCUCCUGGUCUUCAUCAGCUGGGCUGGGUGAGCUGGCAGCUAGCCCUGUGUCUGUUGUUCAUCUUCACUGUUGUCUACUUCAGCAUCUGGAAGGGGGUCAAGACAUCUGGCAAGGUAGUGUGGGUGACUGCUACCUUUCCAUACCUGGUGUUGCUGAUCCUGUUGGUAAGAGGGGCCACCCUGCCUGGAGCUUGGAGAGGAGUGAUCUUCUUCCUGAAACCUGAUUGGAGCAAACUUCUAACCACUUCAGUUUGGCUUGAUGCAGCUGCACAGAUCUUCUUCUCUCUGGGUCCAGGAUUUGGUGUUCUCCUGGCCUUUGCCAGCUACAAUCCUUUUCAUAACAACUGCUACAAAGAUGCAUUGAUCACAAGCUCAGUGAACUGUUUGACCAGUUUCCUGUCAGGCUUUGUGAUCUUCACAGUGCUAGGCUACAUGGCAGAGAUGCGCCACCAAGGUGUGGAGACUGUAGCUAAGGAUGCUGGUCCCAGUCUGCUCUUCAUCAUCUAUGCUGAGGCUAUUGCCAAUAUGCCUGCUGCUACGUUCUUCGCCAUCAUAUUCUUCCUCAUGAUAAUUAUGCUGGGGCUGGAUAGCACGUUUGCUGGUCUGGAAGGUGUAAUUACAGCCAUGUUGGAUGAGUUCCCCCACCUGUUGGUCAAAAGAAGAGAAUGGUUUGUUCUCGGCCUGGUGUGUGUCUGUUAUUUGGGCGCCCUCUCGACUCUCACCUACGGAGGUGCGUUUGUUGUUAAACUAUUUGAGGAGUAUGCCACGGGCCCUGCUGUUAUCACCGUAGUCUUCCUCGAGGUCAUUGCUGUUUCCUGGUUCUAUGGGACGACACGUUUCUGCAACGACGUGCAGCUGAUGCUUGGCUUUGCCCCUGGUAUUUUCUGGAGGGUCUGCUGGGUAGCCAUCUGUCCCUGCUUCCUAUUGUUCAUUAUUGUGAGUUUCCUGGCAUUCCCUCCCGAGGUGAAGCUGUUUGACUACCUCUACCCUUUCUGGACCACAGUGCUCGGCUACUGCAUCGGAGUCUCCUCCUUCAUCUGUGUGCCUUCCUACAUGGUCUACUAUCUGAUCACCACCAAAGGAACCUUCAAACAGCGUCUGCUAAAAAGCAUAACCCCUGAGGCUUCGGGGUCCAGCGGCCCUCAGAGAGACACAAUUGUCAUCACCAAUGCCGUGUGACACAUAUCGUCCUCUGCUGGACAUAUAGCACAAACACGGCGGGCCCGUGGCUCCUGUAAGGGCCCCGGCCGACCUCCCUUCACACCUCACCCCAGAGGAGUCUGCUACCCGCCUGUAUUGUGUGACGGUGGGGCCAGGCCUCCGAAUACAGCCGUUGUUUAUUGUAUUCUUGCCGUCCAUGUGUUAUCAGUCAUCGCUCAUAUGACUUAUUGACCGACGUGGAAAGUUCUUGAGAUUGUGUUUUUUUUUUUUGUCUUUCCAUUGUUCAUUUUAUAUGUGUGUGUGUGUGUGUAGCUCAUGACUA